UGGACGCGCGGCCUCUGCAGUCGCCUUACAAAAGCUGAAAACGAGUGGAAACCAAUGAUCUGCCUGACACUCUCCCAACCAAACCAGCGUGAUGGCUGAUCCCAGUGGUGCACCACCUCAGCCCGGUCCCAAUGAUACCGCAACCGCUAUUCUGCGUCCCAAGAAAUCCCCAAAUCGUCUCAUAGUAGAUGAAGCAACGUCAGAUGAUAACUCGGUUGCUACCCUCAACCCGGCAACCAUGGAGUUGCUCUCCUUAUUCCGAGGCGACACCAUCAUCGUCAGAGGAAAGAAACGGCAUGAUACCGUCCUGAUCUGCCUGAGUUCUGACGAUGUCGAGGAGGGCCGCAUUCAGAUGAACAAGGUAGCUCGUAAUAACCUGCGCGUGAAACUCGGAGAUCUUGUCAACGUGCACCAAUGUCUUGACAUCAAGUAUGGCAAGAGGAUACAUGUCCUACCAUUCGACGAUUCCAUCGAAGGUCUCAGUGGGAACUUGUUCGACGUCUACCUGAAGCCUUACUUCCUUGAGGCAUACCGCCCCGUCCGCAAGGGCGAUACAUUCCUUGUGCGAGGCGGCAUGCGACCGGUCGAAUUCAAGGUCAUUGAGACCGACCCUGCAGAAUAUUGCAUCGUAGCCCAAGAUACCGUUAUCCAUACCGAGGGAGACCCCGUGAAACGCGAAGAUGAGGAGGCAAACCUCGCGGAUGUUGGUUACGACGAUAUCGGUGGAUGUCGCAAACAGAUGGCUCAGAUUCGUGAACUCGUGGAACUGCCUCUUCGACACCCACAACUCUUCAAAGCCAUCGGUAUCAAGCCUCCACGGGGUAUCUUGAUGUACGGUCCUCCAGGCACAGGCAAAACACUCAUAGCUAGGGCCGUGGCCAAUGAGACGGGCGCAUUCUUCUUCCUGAUUAAUGGCCCUGAGAUUAUGAGUAAAAUGGCUGGAGAAAGUGAAAGCAAUCUACGAAAAGCUUUUGAAGAAGCUGAGAAGAACUCGCCUGCAAUCAUCUUCAUUGAUGAGAUUGAUUCUAUAGCUCCAAAGCGUGAAAAGACCAAUGGCGAGGUCGAACGUCGUGUCGUAUCCCAACUUCUUACUCUAAUGGACGGUCUUAAGGCCCGUUCUAACGUUGUAGUGAUGGCUGCCACUAACCGUCCGAACUCCAUCGACCCCGCUCUUCGACGUUUUGGGCGUUUUGACCGUGAGAUCGACAUCGGUAUCCCAGACCCAACAGGCCGGUUGGAAAUUCUACGUAUCCAUACUAAGAACAUGAAGCUAGCGGAUGAUGUGGAUCUAGAACAGAUUGCCGCUGACACUCAUGGCUAUGUCGGGUCCGACAUCGCAUCUUUGUGCUCGGAGGCGGCAAUGCAGCAAAUACAUGCAGAGGUGCUUGACUCGCUAGGCGUCACGAUGGACAACUUCCGUUUCGCUCUUGGCACAUCCAAUCCCUCUGCCUUACGCGAGACCGCUGUGGAGGUACCCACCAGCUUGCAGGAGACUGUCCAAUAUCCUGUCGAACAUCCCGAGAAGUUCCUCAAAUAUGGCAUGUCACCAUCAAAGGGUGUGCUAUUCUAUGGCCCACCGGGAACUGGUAAAACGCUGCUGGCAAAGGCCAUUGCGAACGAAUGCAAUGCCAACUUCAUCAGCAUCAAAGGGCCUGAGUUGCUCACGAUGUGGUUUGGUGAAUCCGAGGCGAACGUCCGUGACGUUUUCGACAAGGCUCGCGCCGCUGCCCCUUGUGUUAUGUUCUUCGACGAGCUUGAUUCCAUUGCCAAAGCUCGUGGUGGUUCUUUGGGAGAUGCGGGAGGAGCAGGUGACCGAGUACUUAACCAGCUGCUCACUGAGAUGGAUGGAAUGAAUACGAAGAAGAACGUCUUCAUCAUUGGCGCCACAAACCGACCUGACCAGAUUGACCCUGCGUUACUUCGUCCAGGACGGCUUGAUCAACUCAUCUACAUCCCUUUGCCUGAUGAGGUCUCGCGUCUGGCGAUCCUGAAGGCUGCUCUGAGGAAGUCGCCGAUUGCUGAUGAUGUUGACCUUACCUAUCUUGCGAAGUCGACACACGGAUUUUCCGGAGCUGACCUUACAGAAAUAUGCCAACGUGCUGCGAAGCUCGCCAUCCGCGAGAGCAUCGAGGCGGAUAUUCAGAGGCAACGUGAGAAGAGGGAAGAGGAUGACGACAACAAGAUGGAAGAGGACGCAGAGGAAGAUCCUGUACCCGAGAUCACCAAAGAGCACUUCGAAGACGCAAUGAAAUUCGCCCGUCGCUCUGUCUCGGACCAGGAUAUCAGGCGGUACGAGAUGUUUGCUCAGAAUCUACAACAAUCUCGCGGGUUUGGUAUGAACUUCCGCUUCCCUGACGCACCAGAGAGCAGUGGGGCCGGGGCCGGAUCGGCUGGCAACGCUGGUUUCCAGGAAGAGGCGGAGGAUGACUUGUACGCGUAAUGCAUUGCUAUGCUCGCAUGCCGCGACGUUUGUCGUGGUUUCUGGCUUUGAAAUUCUUGUAUAUUUCCACUCCUCGAGGGGGUACUGUACUAGACAUCGCCAUCAGGGUUUGAUAUGAUUUCGAAAUUCUACAUUUUGUAUCAUAGGAAAAGCAGUAAUAUUGCACACUCAUUCCUAGUUCCAUAUCCCCGAACUCCUGGGCCCAAUGAGUCGAUCACUGGUUAAGUCAUCCCAAUAUUGCAUGUACCGUAUCCUAGUAGUAUCCAACGAAAGGCUUGCGACCACAAGGGCA